UCGAGGCGCUGACUUGAUGAGCAGCGGUCACGACGGAGCUGAAGAUUGGGCGACUCUAAGAUCGAUUUUCUGGAGCUGCCCCCAUAUGACUGAACUCUUCAUCCGAGUACUCUAAAUGACAUUAACUCAACCCAUGGAUUCCACGCCAAGCAAAAAUAACAUAAUAACAAACACACUCCAACAACAACAUCAACAGCGAGUCGACAUGCCAGAACAACAGCAACAGCACUGCCACUACAACAACACCAGCUUGCUACAGCUACCUCGAUCGAUCAGCCAUCGACCAUCCUCACUCAGUCUCAACACCAACACAUCACCAACAACAACAACAACAACAACAACUAGCAUGCCCCUCAUCAAUCAAACCAGCUCAUCAUCAAACAGCAGAAGAACAGCUCCACAUCCAACUGCAGCACCAACAAGGACGACUAGCAAUCCAACCAACAGAACCCUCAGCCGAAAAGAAUCCGAAACCGAUCAACUCGCCAAGAUCCUGGCUGCCUCCGAGGAAGACUAUCGUCGUCAUCAGGAAGAACUCGAGAGGCGAGAAGCAGAAGAACUAGAGAGGGUCAGAAUCGAAUCAGAGGCAGCAGAGAAACUAGAACGAGCCAGGUUCCAUCUACUAGAGCAGACCGAACAGGCUCAACUAGAGCUCGUCAUCCAACACUCACAACUACUCCAAUCAAUACAGAACCAAGGUCCCUUCACCCCUCAGAAUGAAGACGAGGAAAGACUGGCAAUCGAACUCGCAAUGGCACUCAGCCUCGAUUCAUCCUCACCAUCACCAUCACCAUCACCAUCAUCAUCUCAUCAUCAUCAAACCAUUCCUGAACCUCACUCGCCCCAGUCCUCCGGUUCACCAAACAAUACCCGAGCACAAGAAGAUAUCCAACCAGAGCUACCACCCUCGUAUCACUCCAUAGACGAACCCCAAGAAGCCCAUGAUCAUCAACCAUCCCCAUCAUGCUCAUCACCACCCUACUCAACCCUAGCCCUACCCCAAUCGAUUCCAUCACCCGCCUCAAUACCGCCCUCCUCCAACGAAGGCUCUCCAUCACCCACUCUCUCCUUGACUCCCCAACCUAGUCUCCAGUCCCUCUGCCCCCGUCCGACCUAUGGGAGACCGCUCCCCCCGGUCCCCGGUCCUCAUCACUCACCCGCCCAUCACUCUCGCCGAUCAUCGUCCCCUCAUCCUGGUCAAUCCACUACGCCCCAUUCCUCGAUCAUCAUUAGGCCUCCCUCUCCAAACGGCGACAGCGAUCAUCAGCCUGAUGGGCUCACUGAUUCGCUCGCCCAGGAGUCAGAUCCGUUCUCGGACGAAUUUGCGGCCGACCAGGAGGAGCCCCGCCUGCCCUUCCCUUCUAUAGAGAGCCAAGAAGAAGAAGAAGAAGAAGAAGAAGAAGAAGAAGAUAGUGAUGAAGAUCAAGAAGAGGAAGAAGAAGGAGAAGAAGAGGGAGAACAGGAAGAAUCAAACGGCCAAGGAAGCCUAGCCCUCACCAUUCCCUGCUCCGUUCCCGCCCACACCAUCACCUCAUCGCCCAUCGAAGCCGAAGAGCAUUCCCGUCCUGAGGCCGUCAGCCGGCUAUCCUCCGAGUCCUUUCGGACUAAUCCCAGCCCGCCCGAGUCGGUCGCCGAAGGCGUGAAAUACGGGCCAGGGCAUGGGAACUCGCAGAUUGAGCCGGGCCCAUUAGACGUGAGUGAGGCGGAGGAUUCCGGACAAGGCAGUUGGCGGAUGGGGAUGAGUGUGGUGUUUACGGAGACGGUAGGAGACCGGCCGAAUGUGCGACUGGUACUAGAGCUGAUCGCCGGGAACGGGGAGAGUCAAUGGAGUCGGAGCGAGGGACUGGCCCGGAGUCGGCGCCAGAGCUCGGCGGUCCUCGGUCGGCGAAGCUCCGUCGAAAACGGUCGUCUCCCCUCGCCACCCGUGCAAACCAUCCAUCUCCCCAAACCUUACGUCCUCCUGCCCGUCAAACUCGCCUCGCUCGCUUGCUCCCUACACGAGAUUCACACCGUCGCUCGGAUGUCUUCUUGUUCUUCGAGCCAUAACUCUCUCGCCGCUUCCUUACGUCCAUCCUCCUCUACCUCUUCCUCCAGUCUCUCUAAACAAUCCACUCACUCACCUUCCAACCAAGAAAUCUUCUCCAGAUUGGCCAAGGCCAUCACCUCGAAUGCUCGAUUAUUAGGUGAAGAAGAAGCAACAGUCUUACAGAAUGAGGAGCGAUUAUUUAGGAGAGGGAAGAAAUGGCUGAAGAAGACCACCCAUAAACUCGUCGGCUCGUCUUCUUCUAAUUCUGCUGCCUCUUCCUCCUCCGCUCUGCCGAUUCAUCCCUCCUCCUCCUCUUCCUCUAUCACCGCCCUCGUCAAGUCUUCUUCUGCCGGUAAACAUCGUGAUAAUCAUGCGCUUACCGUCGACGGCGUCGGCUUGCCGCUUCCUGCUGGUGCUACUCUCGUUCAACCUUGGGAAUCCGAUUGGAAUUAA